AUGGAGAUAGGAGGUUCAGUCAAGCUUGCACAAAGCAAGCUCGUUCUCAACAAGGCGUCCAUGGGUUGCCUAGCUGUCCGAGCAAAGAACUGGUCAGAUUCUGCAGACAGGUUCCUACAGAGAUGUGCAGGCGCUGGGAACACAGAAGCUUCAUACAUCCUUGGCAUGAUUAGGUUUUACUGCGCACGUAGCCGCAGAUCGGGAGCAGCUUUAAUGGUUUCUGCUGCCAAUGGUGGUCAUCUGGAAGCCAUUUUCUCACUAGCUGUAAUACAGUUCAAUGGUAGCGGUGCUAGAAAACAAGACCGCGACCUCACCCUCGGAGCUGGUUUGUGCGCACGCGCAGCAAAGCUAGGGCACGUCGACGCAACAAUAGAGCUUGGGCACUGCUUGAUGGAUGGAUACGGUGUGACCAGCGCCCCUGUAAAUGGUCGCCUUCUUCUGCAUCGAGCGAAGCAGCGGGACGCCGAGAACGAAAGACAGCAGGCAAGCCUCGGAACCCUAUACCAGAAGACGCACCAUGCAAACUUGUUCUUGUCUGAAUGGUUUUCGCUGAGCACAGAUGCAAGGAAUGGAUUAAAAUCAUUGUAA